AUGCUAAGAUUCACCCCCCUCCCAACCCCCCCCCCCUCCUCCUCCCUCACACCCUCGCCAACAACCAUCCUCAAACCCGUAACAACCACCCACUCCUCACCCUGCCGACGCUGUCUCCACGACGGCCUUCCCGGCCAAACAAUGCUCCUGUUGCAAUACAACCCCUUCCCAUCUCCACAAUCCCCCUACACAGUCCCCGGCCCUAUCUACGUCCACGCCGAUCUCCAGGAUUGUAUCCCGUUCCAGUGUGAUGGGCGUGUUCCCGAGCAGCAGCGGCGACGACUGUUAGCUGUGCGGGCGUUUGAUGAGAAGAAUAUGAUGGUGGGCUUUGCGGUUGUGGAGGGAGAGGAACUUGGGAAGAAGGCGGGGGAGAUGUUGGGGGAGGACGGGGUGGGGUUUUUGUUGGUUUAUUAUGCGGGACCGGGGUGUUUUGCUGUUAGGGUUGAUAGAGCAUAG